UUUCCCGAGAAUUUCCAGGAGUGGAAGAGACUGUGGCUUCCCUAAUUGCUUGUUCUGGAGAUCAGAAUCAACAGAGAAGUUGCUGACAAGACAUUGGCGGUCUCCGGAGGUCUCCGGGAAGGCGAAAGAGAAAUAUGAAAUGAGUUCCUGCAGCUUACUCUGUCUGAAACCGAGUCCCACGCGCAUCUCUCAGGGCCUGCUGAACUGAGAAGCACAGAGCAGCCGUGGAUGCCCGCACCAAAGCCAAUCAGCAUUCUAAUGGAGAGUGGGAAGGGUGCAUGAGUUCCCACCCCUAACUGGGGAGUCAUGGACAGUACAUCGUUUUUCUCCACGGAAUACUAUUAUUGCUCUAUUUGUCUUUUCCUGUGGCUGGGGCCUUUGGCGUUGCAUUAUGUUAUCAGCGGCCUUCAUUACUUUGGUGAGAAGUGGUGGGAAUCAGCUGAAGAAGAGAGUGUUGUUAAGCUCCAUUCUUCUGCAGGACCACAGGCAGGCGACUCCUGCCUGCUACUUCUCCACUUCAGAGGCCAGGUGUUCUCGGUUUGAUCCAGAUGGAAGUGGGCAGCCAGCCACUUGGGACAAUUUUGGGAUCUGGGAUAACCGCAUUGAUGAGCCAAUUCUGCUGCCACCUAGCAUCAAGUAUGGCAAACCAAUUCCCAAAAUUAGCCUGGAGAAUGUGGGCUGUGCCUCUCUCAUUGGCAAACGGAAAGAAAACGAAGAUCGAUUUGGAUUUGCACAGCUGACAGAAGAGGUGCUAUACUUCGCAGUCUAUGAUGGACAUGGGGGCCCUGCAGCUGCUGACUUCUGUCACACACACAUGGAGAAAUGUGUUAUGGAUUUGCUUCCUCGGGAGAAAGACUUGGAAACUCUGCUGACCUUGGCCUUUCUAGAAAUAGAUAAAGCCUUCGCAAGUUAUGCCCACCUGUCUGCAGAUGCAAGCCUCCUGACCUCUGGGACUACUGCAACAGUAGCCCUGUUGAGAGAUGGUGUUGAACUGGUGGUAGCCAGUGUUGGAGACAGCCGGGCUCUUUUGUGUAGAAAAGGAAAACCCAUGAAGCUGACCACUGAUCAUACCCCAGAAAGAAAAGAUGAGAAAGAAAGGAUCAAGAAAUGCGGUGGGUUUGUAGCUUGGAAUAGUUUGGGACAGCCCCAUGUAAAUGGCAGACUUGCAAUGACAAGGAGUAUCGGAGAUUUGGAUCUUAAAGCCAGUGGGGUAAUAGCAGAACCUGAGACAACAAGGAUUAAGCUCUACCAUGCUGACGACAGUUUCCUGGUCCUUACCACAGAUGGGAUUAACUUCAUGGUGAAUAGUCAAGAGAUCUGUGACUUUGUCAACCAGUGCCAUGAUCCUAAAGAAGCAGCUCAUUCAGUGACUGAGCAGGCAAUACAGUACGGUACUGAAGACAACAGCACUGCAGUAGUGGUGCCCUUUGGUGCCUGGGGAAAAUACAAGAACUCUGAAAUUACCUUCUCAUUCAGCAGAAGCUUUGCCUCCAGUGGGCGAUGGGCCUGAUCGACAGCUCAGACUUGGUGUUCCUAUGCAGCAGUGUGUCCGUGGGCUUAUCAAGAAACUGGUAACACACAGAAGGCCACCUGUACCCGUGUGUCAUUGUGACUGAUAGAUCCUAACAGUAUAAGCUUACCAGCCACAUACCCAGUAGUAUUUUCAUAAAUCCUCAUCAUCAUUAUGGUCAACUGCACAUGCUCAGAGUAAGCACCAUAACACAGCUGUGAAGCUGUUGUGCGUCUCUGAGCUGAAUGGGAGAAGCAGCAGUUUUGGUCCAUUUGAUGAGUGAUGAUUCUGUUUCCUUUGUAAGGCUAGAGAUUGAAUCCGGGGCUUUCUAAGUUUUUAAGACUAAGAGGCAGAUUUAGUUUCUUUUUAGUAAGUUUGUUCUUUAUUCAGUUGGACAGGUAUUUUUUUCUGAAUUUUGAUAGCUGGUCAAUGUGUUAUUUGCAAGUGUUUUUUUUCCUUUCUCUGUAGAAAGCAGGUCCUCACUGGCUGACCUUGAACUCCUGGGUUCAAACGGUCUUCCUACGUCAGCUUCCUGAGUACCUUUUAAUUUUUUUUUUUUUAAAGCAGAACAAGCAUAUUUUUUCCCAAGAAGAGUGAGAACAUAUACCCAGGAGAUGGGGGAAUUCCAAGGGAGGGAUACAAGGGAUAUAAGAGAUAAAGGGAUACAAGGUACAUUUUAAUAAAUGUACCAAGGAGUUAUAAUGAAACCUAGGUUCACUAUGACUGAAUAGUGUACUCUGGAUCACUUAUUAGUAAAUUUAACCCUGCAAAAUACAUGGCUAAAGUGUAUACAUAUUUAUAAAUAGCUCUCUUGUGUAUUUUAAAUAUUUUUAGCACUUCCCCAUCCAUUUCUAUUUUUGUGGAGUUAAAUAUGCUAUAUAUUGGUAACUGUUCGGUAAGCUCCAGAGAAGAAUGUACCGAGUCUUUGGUCAAAAUCUGUAAAGUGAAACACUGACGGUGCCAAUUUUGUGUAAGUUUGUUGCUGUGUGGUUUGUAUGUAGCAUUUUUAUACCACUUUCUGUGCACACAGUAAGGGAGUUGGGGCCUUUGUUAGUAAAGAUAAUAUUACAAUGACUUAUACUGCUAUAGACAUAGCUUGGGGUUUAUGUCUCCAAUUUCUUCAUUUCUAAGAUUCAUGCGGAAAAAAAAAUCUUUUACAAAGGAUGUUUAAACAUGUCAGCUUGCUAUGUAAAUUAGGGGUGUAAAACCACACUCCUUUUUACCUGCAUAUAAAAUUUCUGUCAAACUGUGAAUCCUUGAAUGUGUGCUUGUAGUUAAUCUAUAUUUUCACAGGGUAAUUUAAAUUUAGUAUAUGUGCAGUGAGUGUAUAUAUGUAUAUUUUGAAGUAAUAUAAAAUUAAAGGGAACAAUCUUGUGGCACAUUUAUCAGCUAGCUGUAAAUUAUUGAUAUAUUUAUCUCUAAGGACACUCAAUAACAUUGAGUGUCAAAUUCUCUGUAAUAAAGAUCCAGUUGUUACUGGUAGAUAACCACUAUGGAUUACAAAUAAAUAUGGGGCCAGUAUUGGUGGCCUCUACCUAUAAUCUCAGGACUUAAGGAGGAGACAAGAGAAUCAGGAUGGUAACUUUGAAAUUAGCCUGAGCUACAGAGCAAGUUCCAGGGUAGCCUGAGCCACAGCUUGUCUCCCCAAACAAAGUAUCAGCAACAAAUGGCUGUAAGAGACAUUUUAUUAUGUGUGAUGUAUGUGGAUAACCAAAGAACAGAGGCAGACAUAUCGUUGUGUGGUAAUUCGAAUAUAAAAUUAUGGGAUAUGAGAAGAACAGGAAAUGUCAAAAGUGACUUGGAAUUUUAUGGCAGAAAACAAAGGAAAAAUAAUGAAAUAUAUAUAUACCUUCAAGUCUGA